AUGGCCUACCAAGGAAAGAGAAUUUGCCAGAUCGUCAAGGUUAAGCCCGAGCGUCUUGCUGAGUACAUUGAGAUUCACAAGAAAGUGCCUUCUCCUGUUCUCAACCUGAUUGAAAAAUACAACAUCCAUGACUACAGCAUUUUCUACUCCGAACACUUCCAGCUGCUGAUUGCCAACUUCAAAUAUCUUGGCGAUGAUCUUGAGCGUGAUAGCGAGCUGAUGCGCAACGAGCCCGCCAAUGCCGAAUGGUGGAAGAUCACCGAUGGAAUGCAACAGACCUUGGUUGAAGGCUCUACUGGAAGCACCGAUCCAAAGGGCUGGUGGGUUGGACUCGAAGAGGUUUUCCGCGUUGAGUAG